AACCCGUAUCACUGCGUUAGCGGGCGAUUUGGAGCGCGGCUCGGCUAACGGCUCCGGAGCUCAUAACAACCGCAGAAUAAAGCCGCCCGAGGAUGGAGGAGCGCGGAUUAUGACUGGAGGGAAACGACGACUGAACAGCGACCUGAUAGAUUUGAUUAUUGUAGAUAGAAUCGUCACCGCACAGUGAGCAUGCGUGACCUGGCAGCCCAAGUCACCAGCAGCUUGCUGCGAUUCCCGGAGGUGACAGUAGACGCUCUGGGGGAGGAUGAGGUCACUCUGGACUCAGUGCUGCAUGGGAAGUUCACUGUCGGUCGCAGUGGGCUGGCCUGGCUGGCGUGUGGUCCUCAGCUGGAGGUGGUCCACGCGGUGACAGGGGAGCGGUUCUCAGCCUACCGCUUCAGCGGCGUGAUGGAGCACCCCCCGACCAUCCUAGCAGUGCGGGACUUCAGCUGGUUGAAGCGCAGCGGCCUGCUGGUGGGACUGGAGGAGGACGAGGGUAGCAUGCUGUGUCUCUAUGACCUGGGGAUCUCUCGGGUGGUCAAAGCUGUGGUCAUGCCAGGCAGGAUCACAGCCAUCGAGCCGCUGGUGAGUUACGGGGGAGCCAGCACGAGCACACAGCAUCUGCACCAGAGCCUGCGCUGGUUCUUCGGCGUCGCUGCAGUGGUGACUGAUAUUGGCCACGUUCUUCUGGUGGAUCUGUGCCUGGAUGACCUGUCCUGCACCCAGAGUGAACUGGAGGCUUCAGAUCUGGAGGUGGUGAAUAAGUCUCCCUCAGAGAUUCCUCGUCUUCGUGAGGGAGUGACUCAGCAGGGCAGGCAUUUAUGUCUCCAGCUCUGCAGCCCCACCGGUACCGGAGCUACAGCCCUGCAGUACAUCCACCGCACCAACCAGCUCGCUGUGGGCUUCUCUGACGGAUACCUGCAGCUGUGGAACAUGAAGACGCUCAAGAAGGAGUAUCACUCUCAGCUAGAGGGCGGCAGAGUGCCUGUUUAUGCCUUCACCUUCCAGGAGCCAGAGAACGACCCGAGGAACUGCUGCUAUCUGUGGGCUGUUCAGUCUGCGCAGGAUCAUGAAGGGGACGUCGUGAGCCUCCAUCUGCUGCAGCUGGCUUUUGGAGAGAGGAAGUGUCUGACCUCAGGAAAGAUUCUCUAUGAGGGUCUGGAGUACUGUGAGGAACGCUACAGUCAGGAUCUGAACGGUACCGCGUUUCCUCUGAGAGCUCAGGCCACCAACACUCGGCUGCUCAGCUGCCAGACCGUUGAGAAGUUCCGGCACCACCCGGACCGAGACGACAGCAUGAGCGAAGUGGCUUCACCUGACACAAGUGUGUCGAUAUUCACUUGGCAAGUCAAGUCCUAUGGACAGGGCCAGCCUUCCACCUUCGUUGGAGUCUUUGACAUUAAUAGAUGGUACCACGCACAGAUGCCUGACUCUUUGAGGGCGGGUGAGUCUCUGAGGAACUGUCCGUACCUGGCAGUGUGGUCUCUGGACUCUGUGGUGGAGAUGACGGCGCCCUCCAUCCUGCUGGACGUGGUGGUGCACGAACGCAGCCUGAGCAGAGGGCUGCCCUACACCUGCCCCCCACCUGAGCAGUUCUUCAACCCCACCACCUACAACUUCGAUGCGAGCUGUCUGCUAAAUGCUGGAAUCGUGCACUUAACCUGCUCUGGCUAUCAGAAGGAGACGCUGAGCUUCCUGAAGAAGUCUGUGCCCAGUCUGAGCGACGGCAUCGCUAGCGGAUAUUCCCGCUGCCUCAUGUCCGGCCUGCUGGCCCCCCGCCUGGCGGACGUGCAGCCCUCCAGCCUCUCUCAGGAGGAGCAGCUGGACGCGAUCCUGACGACCGCAGUGGAGACCAGCUCUCUGGGGCUCAUCACCGGCUGUAUUAAGCAGUGGACAGCUGAGGAGCAACCCGGAUCAGCAGUGAAGCUGCGCUAUAUUCUGGAGUGGGCCUGGGAUAAAGUGGUGCACACCAAGGAGGAGCUGGACAGCAUAUGUGCUCCGCUGUUCGACACCUCCUCAAACUUCACGGACCCUCAGACGAUGCAGCUGCUCCAGCACAGUCAGCGCUUACUGAGCAACCUCAGCACCAUCUUCCACUGCCUGCUGAGCGAGGCCCAGGAGCUCACGCAGAGAGGUCUGAUAGGACUGAUGAAUAAGAGCAUGGUCUCCAGUCUGAUCUCGCAGUACGCUCAGGUGGUCCUGUGGUUCUGUCGCACCGGCCUUCUCCCCGAGAGCUCUGAUGACGACGUCCUGCAAAUAUCAAGACCCUUUUACAGUUUUUCAGUCAUUAAGAAUUACUACACAGGACAAAGAGAGGAGCUACAGAGGCUCGCAAAAGAUAAGUGGUCUGCCGACUGCCUGAUGAUCGACGGGUUGGUGGCCCAGUGUGGAGAACGUCUCGUAGAGCUGUGGAAAAGGGACGAGGGUGGGACGGGACAGUAUCCACCCCCAUCGCUCCAUGCUUUGCUGGAUUUGUACCUCCUGGAAAACGUUGAAGAAUCUGCCAAACAUGCCAUUGUUAUAUAUUUGCUGCUGGAUGUCAUGUACUCCUUUCCUAAUAAGAGUGGAGCCUCUGUGGAGUCUUUCCCCACUGCCUUCGCCAUUCCUAUUGGCUUAGUGAAACUCGUACAAGGCUUGUGGUUACUGGAUCAUCACGACCACGAGAACUCUCUGGAGCUGCUGCUCCACCCUGCCACCAGUCACUCUCUGGUGUGGCAGCAUGGCCGUGUGCUGCAGGCUCUGAUGUGUCAGGGGAAGCACAGCAUCGCCCUGCGAUACCUGCAUGUGAUGAAGCCGCCUCUGAGCUCCACCAGCCAGGCCAAGCUCUGCCUGUCAGUGCUGCUCCACAACAGGUGUUUAGUGGAAGCCUGGGCUUUGCUCAGACAGCAUGCUAAUAAGCUCAACCUGGAGGACCUGCUGCGGUUCCUGUACGAGAAGUGUCAGGAGCUCGACCUGAUGAAGGAGCUUCUCAAGCUGCCUCUGGGACCCUCAGAGCAGGAAUGUUUGGAGCGGUUCCUUCAGGGCACAGGAGGAUUCCAGAACAGAGAGCUGCUCAUGGUUCACUACCUCCAGCAGGCCAACUAUGUUCCUGCCCUGCAAAUCAACCAAACUCUCAAAAUGAACCUGGCGGCUGAUCGAGAUCCUAAAAUGAAGGAGAGAUCAAACACCAGGAACUCCAUCCUGAACCAGUACGGGAAGGUUCUGCCCCGAGCGCAGCGGAAACUAGCCAUUGAGCGGGCCAAACCGUACCAGCACCCCACCACCAUCCUCAGAGAAGUGUCAAGGCCUCAGCCUUUAUCAACCGUGGCUAAACGAUCUGCUACUGAAACCGUACUGACCCGAGCAGCCUUCAUCAAAAAUGUCCUCACCAAGAUUGAGGAAGUGUGGGUCGGCAAAGACGCCACGCCUGAACCUUCUCCUCAGAAGAGCCCCAGAGAGCCAGAGGUGCUGGUGCCCAGUCCAAAUCCUCCAACCUUACACGUGCCUGAGGCCUUCGUAGGAACUCCGAUCAACAUGCUGACCAAGCGGAUGUCGAGGCUUUUUGAUCUGGUGGUGCAGCCGUCUUACCAAACGUCUCCAGAGGCGUCUCGCACGCAGGGAACCCCACCCAGAUCCAUCAGCUCAUGGGCCGCGCCUAAGAGCAUCACCAAAGCUCCUGAGCUCAGUCUGCUGCAGACCCCACAGGUGGUCAAGAGAGCUCGAGCUUUGGCUGCGUCGGCUCCAGUGUUCUCGUCCUUCACCCCCCAGUCCAUCCUGAGGAGCAGCCUGCGUCCCACACCUUUGGGAACCCCCUCUGCCUCACCCGGGCGAUCCGUUACGCCCCCGUUACGCCCCAAAGAGAGCCGGAUCACUUUCAUGGAGGAGGCAGGGUCCCCGGAGCUGCCCAAGAGCUCUGUCCACUGGCGUAAUGGGCUUGCUGCAGAUAAUGAACUUAGCCAGCUCAAGAGACCAAUCAUACCACCAGAGGGAGGUAUUGAGGCCUGGAGUGAGCAUUCUGGAGAGGAAGAGGACGAUGAGAAAGAGCCUUCUUUGGAAGAGAAGGAGAAACCAGGGCAGAAGGUGGAAUCUGAGAGCAGCUCCCCUGUUAAAGAGCUCCAAAUGCAGGAGUCCAAACAGGUCCUGCCCACGCUGCUGCCGAGGCCUAGUCUGGGCCAGGAGACGAGCGAGAUCUCGAUCCAGUCAGAUACGACUCUGGAGUUCCACGAUGCUCUCUCUCCUGGGGACCCUGGAAGGCAGAGGCAGGAGCGCCAGCUGGUGGUGGAAACCAGCGUGGAGGAGGAAGUGGUUGUUAGAUUCCCAGGAGCUGCAAAAUUAGUCCAAACCUCUGCUAAUGACGCCACCACAAAGGAACUGCCUGCUGUAUCUCAGCCUUCAGAAGAAAGCGCAGAAGAGAAGUCUCAAGAAGUCUCUGAAGUUCAGAUGCAGCUGGAUGCCAGUAAAGAUGAAGAACAGAACAAGGAAAAGGGCCACACACAGGAUUUGCAUACAGACUUCAUGCCUGCACCUCACGUGGAAGGACCGAACUCUGAGCCUGUGGUGGACGAGGUGCUGAAUCAUCAUCCUGAAGUUGUCGAAGAAUCAAAUCAGGACAAAGCUGUUCAUGAGGAACCACUGUUGAUCAAGGAAGCAGAGCCAGAACCACAAGAACCUGUCAGUGAACCCUCCACCAGGGCUGAGGAGCCCAUCAAUGAGCCUCCAGAGUUGACAGUGACCGAAGACUCCGAGCCCGAACCACAGCAACCGGUCACCGAAGCGUCCGCCAUGGAUACGGAACCAAUCGGUGAAAGCCCUGCAGUACAGGCGUCCAAAGAGUUGGAGUCUGCACCUCAAGAACCAGCAGGUGAACCAGUCAGUGAACCUCCUGCUGAAGAGUUGGUUAACCAUGAAGCUGGGGUAGAAGACGCUGUAGAGAUUGCUGGCAAGGUGGAGCAUAAAGCAGAGGCGAUGGAGACAUCCGAUCUGGAUGAUUAUGUGGAGCGCCACUUAUUUGGUAACGACUUGUCGCCACCACUGACUCGUUCUGGCAUUAAAGAGGAACCAGAAACCUGGACGUCUUUCAACAGUGAGCCUGAUGGUUUAAAGGACUCGGAGUCUGAGCCAGCGGCCGUGGAUGAUGUAGAUGCUCCGGCUGCUGACACGCAAAAAUCGGUCACCUCUUCUGAAGCCACAACCUCAGAGUCUCAGUCUGUGGUCAGCCUGAACGACAGUGACGAACUGUCCAGUGCAGAGUCUGAGGAGGAUUCUGGUGAAGAAGACGAAGAGGAGGAAGACUCGGGAAGUGAAGUGGAGAUUAUAGAGGAAGUUAAAGGCAAUGGCAGGCAGCACCAACCUGCUCGCGUGUACCUGGAGGAGCUUCCACCCCAUGAGCAGUUCCUCCAAGAGCAGACCACCGCGGUGCUGUCGCUUGUCGGCCCUGAUGCACAACUGAAUCAGAUGAUGGACGGAGUGAUGGAAGAGGACGAUGGAGAGGGAGAGGUGGUGAUGGUUGGUUUGGCACCUGCAGACCUGGAUGAGGAAGCUGAUGGGCCUGUUUGUUUCACUGAACUGAAACCUUCCACCACUCUCCUGGUUCCUCUCGAGCUGGCUGCUGAGCACCAGGAGCUUCUGGAUGGAGGAGCUCUGCAUGCUCUUGGAGGCGAGGAACCGGAGGAACCACUCCCUGGAGGCUCCAAUACUUUCUCACUUAUGCUGGAUGCUGGAGAUGAAGAGGAAGAACCAGUUGCUUCAGAAGUGGAACUUAACAACCAGUUAGUUACCGACCAGGACACAGAGCAUCCUGAACAUAUGGAGAGCCAACCAGUUGCCAACCCAGAUGUCCUCUGCGUAGAGUAUACUGAAGUUCCUCAUGAGUUUAUGGAAAAAAUGGAGGAUCUACCAACAGCAAAGGCUGAACCUGUUAUCCUGGCUGCACCAGAUGUUGAGCCGCCUGACAAACCGGAGGUGCUUGAAGUGAAACCCAUGCAAACGCUAGAAUCGGCUUCUGCUGAAAAAGAAGAGGAUCAUUCGCAUCUAAACGAAGGACGUGAGAAUGGAGAUAUUAAAGAUUCCGCUUCAGCCGAGGAUGAAGAUGAUGAGAAGGUUCCUGAUGAGAAAAAAGCACAUGGCAGAACCAUGCCUCACAAAGACGUUGCGGUAGAAGCUCAUGAGUUCUCAACCACAGGUAUGGAGGUCGUUCCUAUGGCUGAAGAUCAUGCUAAUAGGUUCGAUGAGGGUGCAUCACCCCAGGAUGAUGAACCUAAGGAAGCUCUCAAAUCUUCAGAGGAACAUCCUGAGGCUCCUUCAAGAGACGAGGUAGCGGAAGACAAACAGAAUAAAGCUGAGCCGGUGCAGCAGAGUCCUGCACGGAGAGGCAGGAAAACUGUUAAGUUUCCGUUACUCAUCACCGAUUUUGAGAAAGAUCUUUCAGACGAAGAGCAGACAGAGUCCAAGGUGCCUUCCACACCAAGACGAGUCACAAGGAGCGGCAAACAGCUGCAAGACUUUGAGGUCCCUGUUACGCCCAGAAGAAGUGCAAGAAAAGCAGAACCCGAAUUGCCACAUGGUUUGGAGAUACCCUCAACAAAAGCCUCCAAGCCUUCAAGUCCAAGUAGAACUCCACAGAAAGCAACUCCCAGGAAAGGAACCCGCAGAACCAGGAACACAAAUGUAGGCAGCGAUGAAGAAGCCCAGCCUAUGGAGGAAUCGGUCAUCAACGACGUGGCUGUCCCACAGGUUAAACAGAGCGCAAGGAAAACUCGGAAGUCCUCCGUUGACGUUCCAGAGUCACAUCCUGAGGUUCCUGAAGAGAAGGCACCAGAAGAGCCACCUAAAGCUUCUGCUAGUCCCAGCAGGGUGACGCGCAAGUCUACCCGAGGGUUGAGCCUGGCUCUGGAGAGUUUCCAGAAGGAUUCUGCAGAAGAUGCAGUGGCUCCAAAUCAAUCUGUGGUCACCCCUCCAAGAAGCAGAAGAAAGACCAGAGCUGGAACAGCAGAAAAGGCCAAUAACGUCACGUUUGUGGUUGAUGAAGCUCAGCUCCAGAGCGUUUCUAGACGUCUGACCAGGAGCCAGCUUUGGAGUCAUGAGGAGGAGCCAAAGAAAGAAGAACGUCUGGUUUUGGAAGCUCCUCUGGAUGUGGAAUCUGCGAAUCCACUGGCUAACGCCUUGAUGGAGAGACUGCAGGAUGAGGGAGCCAAAGAAGGUGAAGUCGUUACGGAAAUAGUACGUGCCAAGAGGAGAACUACCAAAUCUGUCGGCGAGAAUCAGAACAAAGGUGUUGAGGUUCCAGCGGAGGAGGUAUCUACUGAAACGCAGGAAACCACCAAAAAGGCUUCUGUUAGACGAACACGGGCCAGCAAAGUGCCUGAACCUGAUUCCUCACCUGUGAAGGACUCCUUCACCUUUACAUCCAGCCUGCAGCGGACAAGAGGAAGAAAAAAGGAUUCUACAAAGACUGACAUCAAUGUAUCAGAAAUGAUUCUGUCCCCUCCUGUAACUCGAACAAGACGGGCAGCUGCUGUUGCAGAAGAACAUCAUGAGGACCAGAUUCCAUCAAAUGACAUUGCAGUGCAAGCUGAAGAGGUCAAAACGAGGAAGAAGAGAACAACCAGGACGAAAGCGGCUCCUGAACCUGUUCCCCUCUUAGAGGUGGAUCUGGUGUCUCCGCUGGCCAGUCCGGCCCAGCCGGCCGCUCGGACGCAGAAACGCGCCGAGGAGAAAGACGAGCCCGUCCCGAAGAUGAACCUUCGACGCAAACGCGUGAUGGAAGCUAUUUUCCCCAAACCGGUCACUCGGAGGAAGAAGCUCUGAUUUAGCGCGACUCUUCGCUGCGGCUCCGUCUUCUCCAACAUGCUUCGACCUGUUUUUUGUUGUUUUUUCCCUCAUUUCCUUUUCCAAGAACUCUGCUGCCUGCUGUUUUCUAACGGGGAUGACGAGUGGGGGAUUUUUUUGAAAUAAAGAAAUAAAUAUAAUUUGGGAGAUGGAAAUAAUUUUAUAUAAAUUAUUGUAAUGUUUACAGUAUGGAGCACUGAGGGACUUGAACACCAAAAAAAAAAGAUCUUAGUUUUUAAAGGUGCAUUUCUACAAAAUUGACGCAAAUGUAAAUAGUCUUUUAGGUAUGUUAUAAAUAAAAUUUGAUAUUUGUGAAUAAUUUUCUUACUCCUUGUUUUAUAUAUUUUUGUAAGCUUGGCCUCUGAUCAGUGUGACGAUCGAACUGUUUGAGUUCAAUGGGGAGGGGGGGGGGUCACAUUACUGCUGUUUAGGGUGGGUUUUGUUGAUUGACACUUGGUGUCCUCCUCUGAGGUCAUAAAUUGGAUGAGCACUUUUCCUUUCUUUUGUCUUCAGUUCUCUUUGAUGAUAAUGUGAAUGCUCAGUCUUUUAUUCCUCCCCUCCAGAUUAAGGCUUGUUUAUUUAGUGCACAGCAGAAAUUACAGUAUCAGCUCUUCAUAUUUACUUGUGGCUCCUGCUGAGUUUCAGAUCAUGUUUCUGCCUAUAGUUGUUUAAUUUGCUUUGCCAUUAAUAAAUAUAUAAUAGGG